UGUAGAUAAUAGUAUUCGAUGGCAAUUAACAAUGCAGAUCAGGUCGUAUUUGAUAAGGUUGCUGAAAUCAAUGCAUACAAAGAGUCUUGGAACAUACGUGUUAAAGUCGUCAUGCUUUGGAAGCCGACCUAUAAAAACAAUCCCAAUAUGGUCACAAGCCUAGACAUGAUUUUAAUUGAUCAGAAGGGAAGUAGAAUACAAGCAACAAUAAAAAAAAUCUUAUUCCUGUAUUUGAAUCCCUAUUCGAUGAAGGAGCUGUCAGGGAGAUCAGUAACUUUGCUAUGGCUAGCAAUGAAGGUGAAUACAUGCUUGUUCCUCAUAAACAUAAAAUCAAUUUCUACAAAACCACAAAAGUUCGUGUAUCCACUGAUUUUGUUGAUACGGUAGAUCCUUAUCAUUUUAUCUCUUUCCCAGAUUUGCUAGCCAGGAACUUUGACACUCGUGUUGCAUUUGAUUUUCUUGGCCAAGUUGUGUCAACUGAUCAUAUGCGAGUCAUUGUUGAAUAUGGAAGAGAAAAAAGGUUAAUGAAUCUGGUUGCUCAGGAUUUAAGUCUUAAUGCUUUGGAUAAGAAUGUUGAGCCUUCUAGCCGUACAUCGCAGCUCAACUCAGAUACUGUUGUGGCUAAUCCAGAGGAUUACUACCUCCGUUUUCAAAUAAAAAACAUUGAUGAGAUUCCUGAUUUUAACGAGGAAGUUGGUUUAACCAUCAUCGCUACUAUCAUUGGUUUUGAUAUGGAUGAAGGCUGUUAUUCAUUUUAUUGUCGUGAUUGUUCUAAAAAAGUUACUAAAAAUGAUGAUGAUGUUGAUGCUGGUCCUUUUCACUGUGAUGGUUAUGGAUUAGUCUCGGAUGUAUAUGGAAAGAUUAUGAUAGUAGUUCGUGUGCAAGAUGAAAGUGGGUCUUCUUCGUUCGUAUUGUUUGAGCGUCAUGUAAAAGAUCUUAUUCAUCGUGGAAACCAAUGGUUGAUGGAAAAAAUAGCUAAGGAUCAAGGACGCCAACAGAUACCUGAUGAGUUCAAAAUUCUUCUAAAUAAGAAGUUUGUCUUCAAAGUUCAGAUAUACAUGUUCAAUCUGCAGAACAACUAUCGUGCUUACACUGUGCAGAAGUUGACUGAUGAUGAAAUGGUUCUUGCUGAGGUUUUUAAACGGUCACCAAAUCAUGAACACCAUAUUAUAAAUGAUAAUGCUUUAACACCAUCAUCCAGUAUGGGGAAGCGCCCUAUUGAGAUUGAUGUCAACACUGACUCUUUGGAGUGGUCUUCGACAAAAACCGGUGUUGUUUCUUCUAUCUUGAAGAUCCCAAAGUUGGAAAAGUUGGACUAA